CCUGAGAAGGGGUGGGCGGGUCAGGAUCAGACCCGAGCUGCACCGCUGACGCCGGGACCUCAAGCGGGAGGAACAAUGCGGAACAGCGCCCGUCUCUAGGACUCCUGGCUGGUGGCCCAGAACCAAGAUCCUCCGAGAGAGGGCAGCCGUCAUAACCCCAGCCCAUACAGAAGGGCCUUUUACUCUUAUGUGCUUUUUUUAUUUUUCCCUUUGAAAUGAACAAUCACGGGAACAAAUAAAGGGUUAAUGGGCCAAUCGCUGCCCCGCCCCGUGGGAGCUGGAGGGAGCAGGUUUGAAAGUUCCUGUGCGCAGCAGGAAAGGGGUAAAUAUUUCUGCUAAGGCUAGAGGCGUGGUGGCACCGGCUACCCGAGCUUGGGGAAGUCGGGAGGGCGAGGACCCCCCUGGGGCCUCUGCCAGGACCGGGAAGGCGUCCUCCUGGCCUGUCAUCCUUGAGCAGCCAAGGACUGGGGCGGGUGGCCGCCGAAGCAGAAGUGAGAGGUGGUUGUGCUGUGGGUCUACCGAACAGCGAGGCAGUUUAGGCUUCGGUGGCCCGUCUUAGCACGCCGAGGCAUGCGAGAACGCAACCAGGACAGCCAGGCAGGACUCGCGCUGUAUAUAGGACUCUUUGGGCACCUGGGGAUGCUUCACAGGGCCAAGUACAGCCGCUUUCGGAACGAGUCCAUCACGUCUUUGGACGAAGGGAGCCCCGGAGGCUCGAUUGGAAACAAGGGCUCGUCGCCGCCUCCCCACCCAGCCCUGGCCCCUCACCUGCCGGCUGAAGAUGCCACUGUACCCACCCAGGAGAGCCCCACCGCGCUGUGCACCUUGAUCCCCCGCAUGGCAAGCAUGAAGCUGGCCAACCCAGUUACUUUUCUGAGUCUGAAAACCUUUUGCCUGGGUACAAAAGAGGUGCCCCGGCUGAAACUUCGAGAGAACCAGGAUCAGGCUCCAAGCAGCCCAGCGUCCCCAGAAACCAGUCUAAAUAGGACCGGGCCUGCACCUACCCCGCAUCCGGACCAGGUGGGACGAAGGGCCACCCCCUUGUCUCCCGAUACUUGCCCACUGCCUGGUCCUGGAGAACCAACCCCCAGGAGCAGCAAGCAGGCCAGGCACCCUCUGCAGCACCUGUUGGGGACCGGUCUGAACUACUGUGUAAGGUACAUGGGCUGCAUUGAGGUUCUGCAAUCAAUGAGGUCGCUGGAUUUUGGAAUGAGAACCCAAGUUACAAGGGAAGCAAUAAGCCGCCUGUGUGAAGCUGUCCCUGGGGCCCACGGAGCCAUUAAGAAGCGAAAGGCUCCCGUUAAGUUCCUGUCAACAGUUCUUGGCAAAAGCAAUCUUCAGUUUUCAGGAAUGAAUAUAAAACUCACCGUUUCGACAUGCAGCCUGACACUGAUGAACCUUGACAACCAACAGAUUAUUGCAAAUCACCAAAUGCAAUCAAUUUCAUUUGCCUCUGGAGGGGACCCUGAUACCACAGACUAUGUUGCCUACGUAGCUAAAGAUCCAGUCAACCAACGAGCGUGCCACAUACUCGAGUGUCAUAGUGGAAUAGCCCAAGAUGUCAUAAGUACCAUAGGGCAGGCUUUUGAACUCCGGUUCAAACAGUACUUGAAAAAUCCUUCCUUGAACACGUGGGAAAGUGAGGAGGUACAUGUUGAUGGUGCACCUGAAGACAGAGAUCAUGACUAUUACAACGCAAUCCCAGGGAAGCAGCCACCUGUGGGUGGCAUUUCAGAUGUGCGGGUCAAGGCUCCAGCUACAGACCAAAUGGGUUACUGCCCUAUCCGGUGUGAAAAGUUGUGCUAUUUGCCUGGAAACUCCAAGUGCAGCGGUGUGUAUGAGAACUGUACGGAGCAGAGCGGGCCCAUAGGUAUUCCCUAUGAGACAGGCAUGCAGAACGAGGGUGCCGCAUCCCUGAAGCACUCCUGUCGGGUGGAUCUCUUUGAUGACCCCUGCUACGUCAAUACGCAGGCUCUUCAGAGUACCCGCGCCUGUGGCUACGCUGGACGGCAAAGCUCAACUCAGCCACAAGGAAGCCCGUGGCACCUUCAAAAGGCACCAGAAACUGUGCAGCCAGGAGCCACCACCCAGCCUGUGAGUGCACACUCUUUACCACACAUUAGGCGGCAACUGUGGAAUGAAGAAUGCUUCCAUGGCAGGCUGAGCCGGAGGGCAGCAGAGAAACUUUUGGUGAAGGAUGGGGACUUUUUGGUUCGAGAGAGUGUAACAUCUCCUGGCCAGUAUGUACUGAGCGGACUGCAAGGCGGCCAGGCCAAGCACCUUCUCCUGGUGGAUCCUGAAGGCAAGGUGAGGACCAAGGACCACGUGUUUGAUAAUGUCGGCCACCUUAUCAAAUACCAUAUGGAAAAUCAUUUGCCAAUCAUCUCUUCUGGAAGUGAAGUAAGCCUUAAACAACCAGUACGAAAAGACAACAACACAAGACCUUUGCAUUCCAAGAAAUGACAGCUCCAGGCAUGGUGG